AUGAACGCAAUCGUAGUGCUGGAGUUUGUGUAUCACAAGGUUCAGAAGGACCUAUACGACUGCAUACAAAUGCAUACAUCUGGCGGCGGCACGGAUAUCAGAAUUGCUGAAGCAGAGGCGGACUCCUCGCCACCAGAAGACAUCACCCGUCCGCUUAAACGGAGACCGUUGGCAGACACAAGGACUGAUGAAGUCCGCGCAGAGAGACUGCUGCCGCCUGAUAUUUGGAGCGAUGCAACCACGGCCGAUGACGGUGCGUUCUUUGGUCUUGGGCACAUACCCAUCAGCGACUGCGCGAGUGUCGAGGACGCCAAGUCCGAUGCAGUGGACCCGUCACUAGAAUGCGUCUCCCGUCCAUUGAAGCGGAAGCGAAGCGCGGACACAAGCACCUAUGGCGUUCGCGCAAAGAGGGGGCGGACGUCUGGCACUUUGAACGACGCAACCAAGGUCGAGGCCAUCGCCUCAUUCGAUCUUCUGCAUAUACCCAUCAACGACUACACGAAGAUCAGGGGCGUCGAACCAGACACGGCUCCCGCGGUUGCCCUCUAUAUUCACCUACACGCGCCUUGCGAAGCUAUCGCUCGCCCGCCGAAGCGAAAACGGUGUGCAGACACGACGACCGAUGAGAUGCAUGAUAACUGGGUGCGUGUCCGCCGAGGUGGAGGCGUGCUAUAUCCUGCCUCCCGACACGCCUCAACCGUUGUUCGACACGACCUCCGUAUACUAUGGGAAACGAAUCGCCUGUUGAUGAUACCCCAUCCCGACCAUAUAGACCACCCCGAUACCCGCCCUGUCUACACAUACCACGUCAUCGCAGAGAAUGAGCGCCCUCUAGACUCGGGAACCCCCCAGGAUUAUACCAUUAUACCUCUAGCUACCACCGCUGCUUGCUCGUAUCGCUCACUAGGGUGGCACGAGCUGAGUGCGAAUCUGCAUCUGAUGACAAUUCGAGUGGGUCGUGAAUUCAUCAAGCGACCGCUCCACUACGAACAUUCGUUACCUAUAGACGCUCUUGUGCAUAUACCCAUCAUCACGCUUGUCCACCCAGAUGCAGUCGAGCCGGUUUCCCCCUACAUUGAACAAGAGUCGUCAGUCGAAGGCAUCUCCCGCCUGCAGAAGCGCAAACGGAGCCCGGACACAGAUACUGAUGAAGUCUUCGCCAAGAGAAUGCGCACGUCCGUCAUUGAAUGCAACGCGUCCAAUGUCGAGGAUGGCGUUCCUUUCGGACCUCACCCGAGGUGCAUGAUCACUGGCUGCGUGUCUGCUGAUGUAGAGGCGUGUUAUAUAUUGCCUCCUAACAUGCCUCAGCUAUUGAUGAAUCGGAAGAUUGACUACAUUACAUUCAACAUGCGCACUAACUACAACGCCCUGCGUUGUCACAUACCUGCGAAUAUUAUAUUCCUUCGACGCGACUUCCGGGAACUUUGGGAAACGAACCGCUUAUUGAUAAUACCCCAUUCUGACCAUUUAAAGAAGUCUGUGUAUGGCACCGUCUACAAAUGUUACGUCGUCGCAGAGGACGAGCACCCUCCGGACUCAUGCGCGACCAUGGGUCAUCCCGUCACACCUUCUCUCAUGACGGCCCCUUGCUCAUAUCGGUCGCUCGGGUGUCACGAGCUGAAUAUCAAUCUCCGUCUGAUGAUAUUUAGAGCAGGCCAGAAAUUGAGCAAGCGACCACUGCACUACCAACAUGUCUUGCGGGCGCUCCUGCCCCACCAGGAGGUCGAUCAUGCAUACAGCAUAGUCGAUCGGUAUGAGUUGUGGACAAUCCCUGUGCCUCACGAGAUGGUACCCAACAGGCGGCUAUGGGAAACAGGCGAGAUCUCAGCCUGUCCUGAUGAUUACUACGACUGGCCCGAGAAGCAAUAUUGUUCUCCCCUGUUGGAUGAUGACACUGUCCGCUUUCCUCGUCCAUUUCGGCCAAUCGUCUCAGGGAUAAAGAGGAAACAUUUUGGCGACACCAACGUGGGCACAGAGGCUUACACCGCCGAGAAAUAUGCGCAACAAGAAGUCAGCAUUCGUCAGUGGUGUCUGGAUUGCGAUCAAGCUCGAGACGAGUGGACGAUGGGACCGCCUGCGGAACCUGAGGAUGCAGCGAUACUCGCUUAUCGACAGGAGGAAGCCGGUGAUGUGCUGCCUAUUGUGCAAAAGCUUUGCUCGGUGGAAAGCUAUUUCUCAAGGUCCUCAGCAUCCAGAAUGGCCGUCUGUUGGAGAACGACCCUUGUUGGAGAACCUCGUCGACUCGCCGUCAUGACUGGAGAUUCUAUGACCACAAGCGCGAACAGAGUGAUCCUGGUAUCCCCGAUCCUCGCUGAUAAGUCAGAUGUGCUUUUGGACCGUGCGCAGCAAUCAUCGGCGAUUUUCGGGAACUCUGGGGCCAUGGGCUACGGCGAUGUCAGAACAACCCGUCAGGAGCUCCUCGCCAUGCGCAUCACUCGUCUCAUCCUGUUGAUCGCCUCAGAUGCCUUUUCGUGUCGUCGCUGGUAG